CACCUGGUUAAUCCACUGCAUUUCACCGUUCCGUGCAACUGUAUCGUUGAGAUUCAGCCUCCAGUUAAGAGGAGUUUCCGAGUAGAUUUUGCCUGAGAACUCGACAACGAAAUAUGGGAGAGCCAAGCAGAGUCGAUACCUUUGAGCAGAAUGGGCUGACGGCGGGAAACGUGCUUGACGAGAGCAUUGCCGUCUUGCCCAACGCAGGCGAGGAUGUUCCCCAGCUUCUCCAUGCUGUUGCCGCUUUUGGCGAAGAGUAUGCUGCUGAGCCUCGCAGCCGCAUGAAGCUUUUGGAGGCCGCUCGCUCGUUGGUCUACGCCCUCGAGACACCGCGGGAGGCCAUGAUAAGGUAUUGCUGGGCACAGUCCAGCAUCUUUGGGGCGAUCGAGACCGGGAUUGAUAUGGGGCUUUUCCACAUCUUAGCCAAAGAUGAUAAGCCCAAAACGGUUUCCGAGCUUGCAAACGCAACAAAGUCGGACCCAACUUUACUCAGUCGCAUCCUCAAACACCUUGCCGCAAUGGGUGUUGUUGUGGAAGCCGGAGCCGAUCUCUACCGCCCGAACGGGUUGUCAAAGACCCUGACAAUUAAGAAAUACUUUGAUGGCUGGCCUUGCAUGACCGGCUGUGUCACUUCCGCUGCUCAUACAAUGCCCGAAUUCUUUAAAAAGCGUGGGUAUAACAAUCCAAACAAUAUAAAGGAUUCACCCUUCCAAAUGGGUUUCAAUACGGAUCUUAACUUUUUCGAAUACUUGGGAGCAAACCCCAAGGUUGGUAGCGAAUUCAACAAUCAUAUGUCUGCCUAUCACCAAGGCCGAUCCAGCUGGAUGGACCCCGGGUUUUUCCCGGUUGAAGGACGCCUCUUUGAUGGUGCCAAGGCUGAAGCGGAUGCGCCUCUCAUCGUUGAUGUCGGUGGCAGUCUUGGACAUGAUCUGAUGGAGUUUAAAAAGAAAUGGCCCAGACAUCCCGGCAAAUUGAUUGUGCAAGAUCUUCCGGAGGUGAUCAAAGAAACCCGAAAAACCGUUGACCCGAACAUCACGGCAAUGGAACAUGACUUCUUCAAAGAUCAACCUAUCAAGGGGGCUCGCGCAUAUUUUAUGCACUCCAUUCUUCAUGAUUGGCCAGAUGACAUUGCUGUGAAGAUUCUUACCAACCUUGUCAAGGCUAUGGAGCCUGGAUAUUCGAGACUUUUGAUCAAUGAGAACGUCAUCCCUGAUAUCGAUGCGUACUGGGAAACGACCUCAUUGGAUAUUAUCAUGUUGGCCCUGUUUUCAUCCCAGGAACGCACCGCAAAGCAUUGGCAUCAGUUGUUGGGAUCUGUGGGUUUGAAAAUCGUCAACAUCUGGACGGUAGAGAAAGGCACAGAAAGUUUAAUUGAGUGUGAGGUGGUGUAG